AUGAAUCAAUAUGACCAAUGGAAUCGUAGAAUAAGAACAAUCUGGUACUGCAGCAGCUUAUAUGUUGAGUACAAAAAUGCAUUGAGGAAAUCUAAAAAAAUGCCAGUUGAGAAAAAAAAUGAAUAUUGGGAAAAAAAACAUGAAGAAUUUGCCACAAAAAUGCUAAAUAACAUUUAUGAAUUACGAGGGUGGUGGGUUAAAGUUGGGCAAUUUUUAAGCACCCAAGAAAAUAUUAUGCCAGUCGCAUAUAUAGAAAAAUUCACAAAAUUACAAGAUAUGAUGCCUACCUCACCUUUUGAAAAAAUUGAGAUUAUUUUAAAAAGAGAGUUGGGAAGUAUGUAUGAAUUUUUCGAGUAUAUUGAUAAAACCCCACUUGCAAGUGCAUCAAUAGGGCAAGUACAUAAAGCUCGAUUAAAAAAAGGGAUAGUUAUUGAUAACAUGAACAAGUCAUAUAAAAAUGAUUAUAAUGUUAUAAUAAAAAUUCAACAUGAAGGUAUAGAUAAAUUUUUAUCGUCUGAUAUUAGUACAUUGAAAAAAGUAUCAUGGGCUUUUGGUUUAAUAGACAAAAACUUUAAUUUUGGUGAUUAUAUUGAAGAAUGGCAAAAUUCUGCAUCUAGAGAAUUAAAUUAUAAUUAUGAAGUAUAUCAUCAAUUAUUAGCUUAUAAUACAUAUAAAAAAUCAUCUAUUGAUUUGAAAAUUCCUAAAAUAUAUUGUGCAUAUACAACUUCGAAAGUUUUAGUAAUGGAAUAUAUUAAAGGGUUUAAAAUUACAGAUACAAAAUAUAUAAAAAAAUAUAAUAUAAAUACAUAUGAUUUAAUAUAUAGAAUUAUAGAUUAUUUUGCAUAUCAAAUACAUAGUGAUGGUUUUUUUCAUGGGGAUCCUCAUCCUGGAAAUAUACUUGUUAUGUUAAAAAGAGAUUGUAAUAAAAAUAAAAUAUCUCGAUAUAAUAAAUAUUUAAAAGAAAAAAAAAAAAAAAAAAAAUAUUAUGGAAUAAAUGAACUAAGCAACCAAAAUAGAAUACUUAAUUAUAGUGAAAAUGAAUUUAGAAGCAUUUCAAAUUAUGAUAAUAAAAUAAAUAAAUAUGUGAAAGGACAUAGUUUAGGUAAUGAGUCAUGUGCAUCUAUGGAAGAAUUUAUAAGUUCUAGAUAUAAUAUUACCAAAUUAAAAAGUGGAAUAAAUAAAUCUCAAAACUUUUAUUCAAAAACAUGUAGUUCAUCUGGAAUUCGUAAAAAAAGGAAAAAAGAUAUUACAGAUAAAGUUUUGAGGGAAGAUUAUAAAUAUCUUAUUAAUAAUGACGAUAAAACAAAUGAGAAUGGAAUGAGUAAAAAUAAAGGUGGACAAGAAAGCACUAUAACCUCAAAUAAAGAUGCAUCUAAAUUAGAUAAUUCUGGUUCAUAUAUCAAAUCGGAUUCUAAAAUUUUAAAAAUAACUAAAAAUCGCAAUAAUGGAAUAUUAAACUUUUUAUGGAAAAACCAAAGCGAAGCUAAUAAAAAUGGAGGCGGCCAAAAUGAAGGCGAUAAAAAUGAAAGCGAUAAAAAUGAAGGCGACCAAAAUGAAGGCGGCCAAAAUGAAGGAGACCCAAAUGAAGGCGGCCAAAAUGAAGGAGACCAAAAUGAAGGAUGUGUUACAUCAGGCGAAUUAGACGAUGGAAUGAUAAAAGAAAAAGAUAAUAAUUUGAGUAAAAAAAGUGAUAAAAAUGAUUUAAAAAAAAAAGAAAAAAGAAAAAAACGUUCUUAUGAAUGUGUACCAGUAAUAAUAGAUUGGGGGCUUAUAAAACAAUUAGAUAAUGUAAUGAAAUUAGCAUUUUGUAAAUUGGUAUACAAUAUUAAUUGUAUGAAUUUUUUAAAUAUAAUAGAAGCAUUUGAAGAUAUGGGAUUCUGUUUUAAUGAUGAUUUCACAUAUGAUCCUGAAAUAUAUAUCGAAAACUUGAAAAAGUUUUUUUUAAAAAAAUUUGAAGAAUCUGAAAUAAAAUCAAAAGAAAAUGAAAGUAGUAUAAAUAAUAAUGGAAAAGAAAAUAACAUAAGUUUUUUAAAAAACAUUGAUAAGAAUGAUGUUAUAGAAAAAAGUCCAAUAAGUGAUGUUCCUAAAGAUAUUAUAUUUUUUUUAAGAGUUGCAUCAUUAUUACAUGGUUUAUGUACACAAAUGAAUGUAAAAAUAAAUUAUUUAAGCAUAUUUUCAAAAAGAGCUAAAGAAGCUUUAGAAAAUAUAUAUAAGCCUAUUGAUACAUCUAUAUAUAUAACACCAAUUAGUAAAAAACCAAAAACAUUUUUAGAGAAAAGAAUACAUAAUUUUAUUAAAAAAUUAUAUGAAAAAGAGAAAAUAUUAGGAUGUCAAAUAUGUAUUAUACACAAAAGAAAAGUAGUUGUAGAUACAUGUGUUGGGAUGAUGGGAAUAAUUGAUAAAAGGCCUAUAACUAGACAUUCUUUAUUUAAUGGAUAUUCUUUAAAUAAAUUAAUUUUAAAUAUUGCAUUGAUUCAUCUUAUUUAUAAUAAAACUAAUGACAAAAUAAAUAGUGAAAAAGAGAGAUAUAAAAAUAGUGAAAAAGAAAAAAUAAAAAAAUUUAAACAAAAAUUAAACUCACCGAUAUCAAAUUAUUUAGAUGGUUUCAUAUGUAAUAAUAAAAAAUAUAUAACAAUAAAAGAUUUAUUAACAUUGAAAUGCUUUAUUAGAAAACCAUUUCAUGAAAAUAUAACGUUAAAUAAAUUUAUUAACUAUGAUAGUAUGAUUAAUAUGAUAGAAAAUGCAAAAAAUUAUAAUGUAAAAAAUAGAUCGAAAAAAUAUGGAGAAUAUAUGUAUUUAAUUGAUACAUAUAUAAUUUCUGAACUAAUUUAUAAUAUCUCUGGGUUAAAAUAUUAUGAAUAUAUUUAUAGAAACAUUAUAAAACCUUUAAAUUUAGAAGAAGAUAUAUUUAUUCCUCUUCCAUCUUAUUUUUUAAAAAGUUUUAAUGACAAAAAUAAACAUGAGAAUAAGAAAAUUGUAUCUGGAAUUGGUUCUUCUAACAAUUUUGUAAAUAAUUCUUCACAUCUAGUAAAGGAUAAUGAAUUUGAUAGACAUAAUGAUGAAAAUGAUUCUAUUUCAAAUUAUAAGACAUCAUAUAUUGAAUCUUAUUAUAAUUCAAAAGAUAAUGAAAAUAAAAACAAUAAUAAUUUUUCAAAUUUUCGAAAAAAAAAAAAUGAAUAUAAGAAUAAAAAACCAUUUCUUAAUUAUAAAGAAAAUUCAAAUAUUUUAGAAAAUGAAGAUGCAUCUAAUAAUAAUAAAUUUAAAAAUAAAAAAAUGAAUAAGAUAUAUAAUCUUUCAAAUAAUGUAUUUGAAAAUAAAUUUAUAAAUAUAAGUAAUUAUAAUUAUAAAAUAAAUAAAAAUAAUAUUUUAAAAAAUAAAAAGUUUAUUAAAAAUUUGAAUAGAUCUCUAAGUGUAGAUGUAUAUUAUUUAAAAAAAAAAAAUAUAGAUAUUAAAAAAAAAGUAAAAUGUGAAAGUAUUGAAAAAACAAAAUUAUUAUCUUUGAAUCAUAGUCAAUAUUCUUAUUCUGAUAUUAAUGAUAAUACAAACGUAAAAUCAGACAAAUUUGAUAAAUCAGACAAAUUUGAUAAGUCAGACAAAUUUGAUAAGUCAGACAAAUUUGAUAAGUCAGACAAAUUUGAUAAGUCAGACAAAUUUGAUAAGUCAGACAAAUUUGAUAAGUCAGACAAAUUUGAUAAAUUGCAAAGUUUUAAAGAUUCAGAAAAAAAAAAAAAUAAUAAAGAAGAGAACUUUUAUGAUGCAAAAGAUGAUAUAACAGAAGAUAAUAUAAAUAACAGAUGUAAUGACAAAAUAAAAAAUAAUAUUAAGCAAAAAGAUAUUUUUAGUCUUAAACAUACAUUCCUUAAUCAUGUUGAUAAUUUAAAAGAAAAGACAAAAAAAAUUAAUGAUUCGAUAAAAAAUAUAUAUGAAAAUAAUGAUAACAUUUUUUUAAAGAAUUUAUUUACAUCUCAAAAAAAAGCAGAAAAAGGGGAAAAAUAUAAUAAUAGCCAUUUUGAUAAUAGUACCCAUUUUGAUAGUAGUGCCAAUUUCGAUAAUAAUAACGAUUUAGAAAAAGAUUAUGAUAUAAGAAAUAUAGAAUAUAAACAGUUAUAUGAAAAAAAAAAAUUAAAAAAAAAUAAAAAAAGUGAUAUUUUUUUUGAAAAUAUUUUAAAAAAUGGAAAAAUUAAUAAUGUUGACAAAAUUAAUAAUGUUGACAAAAUUUUGAACAUAAAUAAACUAAAAUCACCACUUAAGAUAUUAGAAAAAAAUAAAAAAAAAAUAAAUAUAAGAAAUAAUUCCAAUAGAAGAUCAUUAAGUUAUAAUAAUAUUGAUCAUGAAAAUAAUUUAUUUAAAAAUUUAGAAUCAAUUAAUGAUACAAAUCAUGAUUGUAAUCAAAAUAUGCCAAAGUUUACAAAUGAAAAUGAUGAAAAUGAUGAAAAUGAUGAAAAUAAAAAAGGAAAAUUAGAUUAUAAUAAAAAUUCACAAAAUGAAUUGAUUCCAUCCAUUUUUAUAAACAACAUUAUUUUAGAAUCUAAAGUAGACAAGGGUGGAAAUAUAGAACCUGUUUCUAUUAAAGAUGUAAAUAUAGAAUCUGCUACUGUUAAAGAUGGAAACAGAGAACCUGUUGCUAUUCAAAAUGGUGGUGAACGUAAAAGUGGUGAAUAUUUAAAUAUUAAUAAAAAUGCUAAGAAACUUUAUAAGCAAAUCGCUUCAGAAAAUAGUAGCGAUGAGUCUGUAAAUAGCACAUUAAAAGAAAAUUAUAAUAAUUAUCAAAAAAAAAAAAAUAUGAAAUAUAAAAAAUUAUAUAAAUAUAUUACCGAACUAAAGGAAUAUAUAAGAGAUAAGGAAGAAAAAUUAGAGAAUAUAAAAAAAAAUGAAUUUGAAUAUAGUAAUAGUUUUAUUUUUGAAAAUGAUAAUAGUGAUAAUUUGUUUAAAAUAAAUCAAGAAAAUUAUAAUAAAAAUGGAGGAAGCAAUUAUCAAGCAAGUAGUAAUAAUGAUAUUAAAAAAAAAGAAGAAGAAUAUGAAAUUAUGAAAAAAGAAUUGUCUAAAGAAAAAAAUUUAUUAAAAAAAUUAAUAGAUUAUAAAUAUUUAAUUAUUAAAAAACAAAUAGAAAAUAUAAAUAAAAAAAAAACUAAAAAAAUGAUAUAUAAUAAUUCACAUACAGAUGAAUAUGAUAUGUUUAGUGACACAGAAUAUAGUAGUACUGAUGGUUAUACAAACUAUUUUUUAAAUAAAGAUGAUUUAAAAAUAAAAGAUCGAAAUAUUAAUGAAAAAAUAAAAAAGUUAGAAACAUAUUUAAUAAUGAAAAAAACAUAUAAAAAAAAUAAUGAUGGUCAUAUACCUGAAAUACAUCAUACUAUUAAUAAAAAUACACAAGUUUAUUGGAAAUUAGUUUGUUCAAAACGAAAUGAAACUAUAGCAGAGAAAUUAUCAGAAAAUGGAAAUUUAAAAAAUAAUUUUGAUAAUAUAUUAAAUACAAAUUUGAAAAAAAGUAAAAAAAAAAUAAAUACAGAUAAUGGUUCUGAUGAUAUACAAAAAAAUAAUGAAAUAAAUAAUUUGAAAAAAGAAAAUGAUAAUAAUGUAACUAAUUUAAAUAAAACAAAUAAACAAGAUGAAAAAAUAGAACCUAAAUUUAAAUCAUAUCUAAAUCAUUUUAAUUCAAAACAAUGUAAUAAAUAUAUAUCAUUUUUUCAAUUAGCAAAAAAUAAACCAUAUGUUUUAGACCCACUUAUAUAUGAUUCAAAAAAAAUAUUAGACAAAUUUAUACCAAUAAAUGGAAGAUUUACUGCAAAAGCUUUAACUAAAAUAUUAGCUUACACAAAUGAAAAUAUAUUUUUUCCUUCAAAAAUUAUGAACAAAAUGAGAAAAGAAUAUACCAUUGAAAAAAGUAUAGAAUCUUUUAUUUUAACUGGUGGAAUGAGUAGAAAAUGGGGGUUAGGUUUCCAAAUAUUUGAAUGUGAAUAUGAUGGUGAAAUAAAUGAAGAAUUUUUAAUUAAAAAAAAAAAGAGGUAUACAAACAGGCAAGUAGAUAAAUGUACGAAGAGGAUUGUGGGAUAUGGCCAAUCUGAUUGUUCAGGAUGUUUUACUCUUUCAUUUCCUGAAAUAAACUUAUCUAUAACCUUAUUGUUAUCAGAUUUGUAUAAAGGGGCAGAGGCUGCACACCUAAUAUUGGAGUAUAUAAUGAAGCUAUAUGGAAUUAGGCCGAAAUGGAAAGUACCCAUAAAGGUUUCCAACUUAUUAAAAGUUUUAUAA